GACAGACCCGCUUUGAUACGAUUCUCCUUCUCACUGAGCUUUAUCUAAAGGAUAUCAGGACACAAUUGUAUUAGCGCUGCUUGGAUACCUAUAAAAACGCAUUUAAAGGUAACACACAUGAAGACCGAGGAGGAAAAGGGACAGUGAUAUGCUUUAAGCCUCUGAUGUCUUUCCAUACUUUCAGAUUAUAUAGACUUUCAACAGUGUCAGACAUGGAAACUACAACUGUAAUUUUACCCAGAGACUAUUACCUUAAUAGCACUUUGAAAAGGCAGUUGGUUACUGAAGAAAACAGAGCAACAAAUUCAACUUUCAUUUUUCAUGACCAUGUGAACCAAGUUCUCUUGGGUUUGGUUCUUGGUACCGUGUCUUUGCUGACUGUGGUAAUGAACAUCUUAGUCCUGUAUGCUGUUAAAAAGGAGAGAACUUUGCACACAGUUGGGAAUUUGUAUAUAGUCAGCCUGUCAGUGGCAGACCUGAUUGUCGGUGCAUCUGUAAUGCCCCUCAACAUUGUAUAUUUGUUGGAGAACGAAUGGAUAUUUGGACAAGUGGUUUGCCGGUUUUGGUUAGUUAUGGACUAUGUGGCCAGCACUGCUUCCAUCUUUAGCCUUUUCAUUUUGUGUGUGGAUCGAUAUCGUUCAGUACGACACCCACUCAAAUAUCUAAAAUAUCGAACCAGGGCUAGAGCGAGCGUGAUGAUUUCAGGUGCCUGGCUACUAUCAAUGACAUGGGUUAUCCCCAUACUGGGCUGGCAUUCAUUUGGUGCUGGAGAUUCAAAGCCUAAAACAGAAAAUACAUGUGAAACCGAUUUUCAGUUUGUCACCUGGUUCAAAGUUCUCACUGCUGUCCUUAACUUCUACGUCCCCUCUUUGAUGAUGCUGUGGUUUUAUGUACAGAUCUACAUGGCUGUGAGGAAACAUUAUCGACAAAGGGGAAUCAUAAAUGAGUCAGUCCAGUCUUCAUCUGUCAGGACUGGUUUUGCACAACAUGGACAGAGACACAAGACUGAUCUAAAUGAACAAAAUGAAAAUACUAUCCAUGAAUUAUCCCACGGGGAUGGUUUAUUAGAUCAGUAUAGCUUAGAGCAGCCUCAUGAGGCAAAAUAUAUCACAGAAACCCGGGAUGAAAUGAAUCAGAACAAAUAUCACUACCCACCAAACUUAUUCACUGUUCCACAUAAUCUGGAGCUGCCAUCAACUAAAAAUUUUACGAGAGAUAUGGAAGCCCAACAUCAGUCUGUUUUAAGAGGUUUAGAGAACGGCACAAAAGAAAGGGAGGGUUCCUCAGAUCCAGAGACGUCUUUAAAAUUGACAUGCUUGCCCCCUGGCAUUCUGCACAGUCAACCAGAUGAUGACAAGUUCGAGAAAAUGUUUGUUUCAGAAAACGACUGCAACGUAAUAGUGCCAAACUCCAUUGCAGGCAUGUCUGAGAUAACUGACAUCUCUGACGUGAGGGCAUUCACUACUGUCUUAGACGAAGAUGCAGCCCUCUCUUAUUCAAGUUCUGCUCCCUCACCUUGGCUUCACAAUGACAACCCCAGAGUGGAUUCAGUCAAUAACCUAAAGCAGUCGUGGCAAAAGUUCUGUACUAAUUCCAAGCAGUAUGUUCAGAAUCUUCGCCUAAAGAAAGAAAUAAAAGCUGCCAAGCAGCUGGGUUUCAUCAUGGCAGCCUUCAUGAUGUGUUGGAUCCCAUAUUUUGUGACAUUCAUGGUCAUGGCUUUUUGUAAGACAUGCGUUCAUCACAACUUGCACAUGUUCACAAUCUGGCUGGGUUACAUAAACUCUACAUUAAACCCUUUAAUCUAUCCACUGUGCAAUGACAAUUUUAAAAAGACUUUCAAAAAUAUCCUUCAUAUUAAGUCCUGAGAAUGUUACAAAAAAACUUUGUUUUGUUCAUUUUUUUGCUGUACCUGUUGUUUUCUCUUUGAACUUUUCACAUUCUGUCUAGGGCUACAUCUCAAGAUACUAAAAAAAUAUACAGUACCCAUGUUUGGUAUCACUUUAGUCUGUAUCAGAUCAUAUGACUUUUCCAAAUAUAAUUUUAACAAGACAUGGAUUCAUUGGUUUUCACAGCAAUGGCAAUGCAGCCACACACAACCAUACACUGUAGAUGUCUAUUAUAAACACAACUUCCCAAUGUGGAAUUAAAAUAAAAGAAACACUACACAACAUAGUCUCCUCUACAGCACAUAGAUUUCACUGAACUGUACUGUGGAAUUAUUAGACUUGAGAACUCUUAAGUCUAAAUGUCAGAUAAGAAAUAGUGACCAAGUAAGGAAUAAUUAUCAAGUUCCACAUAAUAAUAUUGCUAUUUGAACCUUAUUAGAAAUAUACAAUUUACACAAAUGUAAAACUUACUCUGAAUACUAAGUAUUCCAAAUAGCAUAGUCAUUUUCUUAUAAUAUAUAUAUUACCAUUGAAGUUCAUAAUACAUUAUCCAUUAUUCUCCUAUGAGUAAUGCAUACAUACAGGCAUUAAUGCAAGUGAACACCAUAACAUUUUUUUUCCCACAUACCUACAGUAUAAUCCAGCCAAAUACAACACAAAGAAAGCGGUAAAAGUCUAUGAUGUCUCAUUUCAGCAUUUUGAGGUGAAGUGCAAACUAUGAAUUGUGUAAUAAAAUGUGACUUCAGCUUGUAAUUUUUGGCUUUCAACAUAGAGAGUACUAUAUUUGUCAAAAAUGUUAUAAAAUAUGCUGUACAGGUGUUGUAUGUCUUUCAUGUAUUACUGUGCUAUGAAGCACAGCGAUGUUUCUUAUGCUAUUUAUUGUUCAUUUUAAAAUGGCUCUUAUUUAUUAAAGUGUGUUUACACAAAAUGAACCGUUAUUUUUUAAUCUGGGUUGACUUUAUAGGCAGUAUUUACAGUCAAUAUGAGCUAAUAUAAGAUUGGGAUUGUCUUUCUAAAUGU